GGGCUCAACAAGGACUCAACCGGGUUUCUUCUUGACAGUUCACAACAUGUCGGAUAGAUAACUAGGUGAUGCUGUUAUUUUUGGUCUUUAAUUGAGAUGGAAGACAAACCAAGUGAACCAUGUGAUGCUGAGCUUACCAAGCUUCAAUUAGAAACCAAAGACACAUUGAAUGUUUUUGGAGAAGAACGGGUCAGUGGAGAUGGUGAAGAGGAGCCAGUAGAAGGAAAUGACUCAACUACACAGCUAACAGCUGAAAAAGGAGACAGUCUGUCAUUAAGUUCAGAGAGUUCAUCUGAAAAUGACAGUUUGAGAAGUAAAGUUCCACGUGUCAACUGUCCAGAACAUAUUAUUCUAUGUCUUGAUUUGUCCCCUGAGAUGAAAUCACUGUCUUUUCAGUGUAAAAGUGUUCCAGAUAGAACAGUAUUUCAACUGGUUCAAAGGUCAAUAGAAAUUUUUGUAAAAACCAAGUCUAAAAUGAAUGCCCAGCAUCAGUUUUCUUUCAUGGUUUUGGAUGAUAAGGCAUCAUGGUACAAGCAUUUCACUAGUGAUGUGGAAACUAUCUGCAGCACUUUGAAUCACCUAUACCCGGAGGAGGAAAUUCAAAAUCAGAAUGAAUUCCAAAUGUGUGAUCUUUUUGAAGCAGUGCAUGACAACAUUAUGUUGCCACUUGUAGAAGACAUUUUGCUGCCUCCUCCUUAUGUGGUUCGACUUGUUAUAGUGUAUGGACGCUCGCACUGUAUGCCUCGAGUGUCUACACAAGCCAAGCAGGUAUUAUCAUCACUGCUGGAAUCUCCAUAUUUCUUUCUUGACAUUCUAUACGUUCACGAACUUCCAUCGGAAAUUAAUUUGUGCAAAGAAAUCUAUGAUUACUUCUGUGACAUGGAUGAAGAGGAAGAAGGCUACAUAUUGGAAGUGUCACGCAGCACAACUCGUCUCUUUGACCACAUGGCAGCGUUACUUGCUCAUCCGUUACAGAGACCGAAACAGCGUGACACUUUUUACAAACUAACUCCAAGGGGGGAUGAAGAGUCCAUUUUGUAGUAUUGUACAUAGCGCACAAUAAGCAAAUAGAAUAAUUUUUAGUCCAGCUGUGAAAAAUUACACAAAAUCUGUGGCUCAAGUGAUUAUUCGGUUUCCACCACUCUCAAUAAGCCGUUUACAAUCCGCGAAAUUUACAUUUUCAGAAGAGCUAACUCCCUUUAAAAUGAGUGGCACGCAAUGCGUGCAGAAGCGAUGAGCAUUAACACUGUCUUAAGGUGGCUCCCUAUAGUUUUACGAUCGCGCGAGCGCUGAGGAAGUAAUCUGCGCGCGCUCAAAGGUAAACG